AUGUCGGAUAUAUCACAUGUUGGUACGAAUGAAGAUUAUUUUCAAUUAAUUGAAACAAAUGAAAAUCGAAUAAAUUCAUCAUCAAGAACGAGUUUUGAAAUUUUAGAAAGACAAUAUGAUUUUAUUCAACCGAAAAAUGAUACUAUUACAUAUGAAAAUAAUUCAAAUUCGAAUAUAAAACAGGAUAAUUCAAAUAAUAAGAAUUUUUUUUCAAAUCUAAGUGAAAAUAUUGAUUUGAAAAAUAAUGGUACGGAAUCGAUGAUGAAUUCAAAUAGUAAAGAAAAGUGCAUAAAAACAAGUGAAAACAUCUGUGAUGUAUCACCAUCAAUGAUGCGAUCGAUUUCUUCUAUUUGUUCUCCAUCGUCAUUUGUUUCAUCUAAUAAAACGGAUAAAAAAGAACGAUCGAUAUUUGAUCAUCAUAGAUCAUCACUUAAAGGUUUAUCUUCAACAAAAAAUUUCUCAAAUAAAUCUAAUCGUCGAUCAACACUUGCUGCUUUUCAUCUAUCAGAUUUAAAUUGUCAAAAUAAUCUUGUAUUUGAUAAUAUAAAUGAAUAUAUUCAAGAUAAACAUAUUGAUAAAACAAUCAGUCAUCAUUCAAUUAAUUUAAUUAAAGAAAAUUCUUUUAAUUCAAUUGAUAAUAUAAAUAAUCAAUUUUCGACCUCAAAUUCAGAUUUAGAAGAAUAUUAUGAUAAAGGAAGAACAAAAAUAAAAUUAAGUUUACCAAUGAAAUCAAUUAAAAAUAAUUCUUAUGAUAAAUCAAAUGAAAAUCGUUCAAAUCGAAAUCGAGAUAGAGAACAAAAAAUAAAAACAAUUAGAUCUGGAUCAAUUCAAGGAGAAUUUACAUUACCAACAAAUCCUCCAAUAACAGUAACUAUUCAACCACAAACAAAUAUAAAGGAAAAUUUAUCAAGAGAUAAUUGUUUUCAUGAUGAUCAAAUAUGUUCACCUGAACAUAUUAUUAAUCAAUAUAAACAAAGAACAGCAAGUGAUUCUCCAUUAAAAAAUUCAUCAACAAUUGUUUCAUAUUUUAUGGAUCUAUUAAAACCAAGUGAUAAUAAAUUAGCUUUGAAAUUAUUUGGAAGUCGAAAAGGUCUUCUUAAAGAACGUUUAAGACAACAAAGAGCUGGACAUUGUAUUAUUCAUCCUUGUUCAAAUUUUCGUUUUUAUUGGGAUUUAAUUAUGUUAACAUUAUUAAUAACAAAUGUUAUUGUCCUUCCUGUUGCUAUUGCAUUUUUUAGUGAUGAAAUUAAUUCAGCACGAUGGAUUAGUUUUAACGUUAUUUCUGAUGCUUUUUUUCUUUUUGAUAUUCUUGUUAAUUUUCGAACGGGUGUAUUAAGAAAUGAUUUUAUUGAUGAAAUAAUUCUUGAACCACGUUUAAUAGCAAUUAAUUAUCUAAAAACUUGGUUUAUUCUUGAUUUAUUAAGUUCACUUCCAGUUGAUUAUUUUUUUUUAUUAUUUGAUGCGGGAGAUAAUAUCGGAGGAUAUUCAAUAGCACGUACAGGUCGAGCUAUUAAAGUUCUUCGACUUGUUAAAUUACUUUCAUUACUUCGAUUACUUCGAUUAUCACGUCUUGUCAGAUAUAUUCAUCAAUGGGAAGAGCGACAUCGAGUCAGAUAUCGAUCGAUAGAACUUCGUGCGGCCAAUUUUCUUCGAUUUUUAUCAAUAGCAAGUAUGGUUAUGCGCAUUCUUAAUUUAUUAGCAUUAAUUAUAUUAUUGGCACAUUGGAAUGGAUGUUUACAAUUUAUGAUUCCAAUGUUUCAAAAUUUUCCAUCUGAUUGUUGGGUUGCACUUAAUGCUCUUCAAAAUGCUCCAUGGACAGAACAAUAUACUGUUGCACUAUUUAAAGCACUUUCACAUAUGCUUUGUAUUGGUUAUGGACGUUAUCCUCCUCAAAGUUAUGUUGACAUGUGGUUAACAAUGCUUUCAAUGGUUAUUGGAGCAAUGUGUUAUGCUGUUACAAUUGGACAUGUAUCAGCACUUGUUCAAAGUUUUGAUACAUCAAGACGUUUAUAUAAUGAAAAAUUUAAACAAGUUGAAGAAUAUAUGGCAUGGAGAAAAUUACCUCGAGAAAUGCGUAAUAGAAUAUCUGAUUAUUAUGAACAUCGUUUUCAAGGAAAAAUCUUUCAUGAAGAUAACAUUUUAAAUGAACUUUCUGAAAAAUUAAGAUUGGAUGUUAUUAACUAUAAUUGUCGAUCUCUUGUUUCAUCGGUACCAUUUUUUACAAAUGCUGAUCCAAAUUUUGUUUCGGAUGUUGUUACCAAAUUACAGUUUGAAGUAUUUCAGCCAGGUGAUCAAAUAAUUCAUGAAGGAACUAUUGGAGAUAAAAUGUAUUUUAUACAAGAAGGUGUUGUAGAUAUAAUUAAAUCAGAUGGACAAGUUUUAACAACUUUAUCUGAUGGAUCUUAUUUUGGAGAAAUUUGUUUAUUAACACGAGCUAAACGUGUAGCAGGUGUUCGUUGUGUAACAUAUUGUAAUUUAUAUUCAUUAGAUUCAAGUCAAUUUGAAACAGUUCUUGAAUCAUAUCCAUUGAUGAGAAGAACAAUUGAAUCAGUUGCUGCUGAAAGACUUAAUAAAUUAGGAAAAAAUCCUUCAAUUAUAUCAACACGACAUGAUUUAAAACUUGAUACAGCUGCUUUAAAAGAUAUGAUUAAUCGUGCAACACCUCAACCAUCAAGUGAUGAAGAAGAUGAAGAUGAAGAUGAAGAAGAAGAAGGAGAUAAUAUAUCAUUAUCAUCAUCAUUAUAUAAAAAUAAACACAGUCAUUUUAAAUCUUCAUUAACAUAUAUUCAUGAUCAAAUGAAUAAAUCAAAUGAUUAUUUACAAUAUUUACAUAAAAAAAAAACAAAAAAAAAAUCUUCAUUCGGAAAUAAAAAAUCUCAACGGACUUAUUUAGCUGCUCCAACAUCAACAAUUGAUUCAACAACAGAUCAAUAUCAACAUAGAAUUCGUAAAUCUCUAACAACUCCUUUAUCUCUUUUUCGAAAAACUCGUUCAUCAACAACUGUUUUUUCUAAUCAACCUUGUUCAUAG